AUGCCGCCCUUACCCACUAGUACAGCGGGCCGAGCUCUCCCAGCUCUGGCCCGAGCCCUACACUCGACCGCUUCAGCAUCCAAUACCUCCGCCAAGCCUCUCCCGGACAAGUCACACCACGUCCUCUCCCUCUCGGCCGACUCGUUCCCGCAUGGCUUCGCCUGUGCCUCGACCCACUCGGGCAUCAAAAAGAAGUCGGGCGCAUUGGAUCUAGGUAUCCUCGUCUCCACAUCUUCACACCCCUGUGCGGCCGCAGCUUGCGUUACGCGAAACGUCUUCAAAGCCGCUCCCGUCACAGUCACCUCGGACCUUCUCUCCACCGCAGUGGGUCGGGCGCGGGGCUUCGUCGUUAACUCGGGCUGUGCCAAUGCCGUCACUGGAAAGAAGGGGCUGGAGGACGCUUGGUCCAUGUCCAAGACGGUCACUCAGCUUCUGCCCCGCGCGCCUCCACCCGCGGCCGGAGCAGGCGAGUCAGGCACGCUCGUCAUGUCUACCGGAGUCAUCGGGCAGCAUCUCCCCAUCGACAAAAUCACCUCUUCCAUCCCCUCCCUCACCUCCAACCUCGCUUCCACACCAGAAGCAUGGCUGGAUCUCGCCAAGGCGUUCAUGACGACUGAUACGUUCCCCAAACUCCGCACCCGGUCGUUCGCGCUCGGGAACACCACCGUCCGUAUGGCCGGGAUCGACAAGGGCGCGGGCAUGAUUGCGCCCAACAUGGGUCCGCCUCCACCGCCGCACGCGACCCUCUUGGGCAUCAUUGCUACAGACGCGGCCAUUGAGCCUGCGGCGCUUCAAAGCGCGCUGCAGUACGCGGUGGACCGGUCAUUCAACAGCAUCACGGUUGACGGGGACAUGUCGACCAAUGACUCGAUCAUCUGUCUUGCAAACGGCGCGGCGGUGCCUGAGGGACAAGAGGUGCAGGAGAUCAAGGAAGGAAGCCCGGAAUACGCGACCUUCAAGGAGGAAUUGCGAGGGUUCGCAGAGGAGUUGGCAAAGCUGGUUGUCAGGGAUGGGGAGGGUGCUACCAAGUUUGUUACUGUCCGCGUCACGGGAGCUCCCAGCUUCGACGUAGCAAACGCCGUCGCUCGAUCCGUAGCCUCCAGCUCUCUGGUCAAGUGCGCAAUGUACGGAGAAGACGCUAACUGGGGCCGUAUCCUCUGUGCUGUUGGCUACACCGCCGUCCCAGAAGGAACCAUCUCCCCCUCCAAAGUAACAGUCUCCUUCGUUCCCUCCUCUUCAGCCGCAAACGACACCCCUCUCCGCCUACUCACCAACGGCGAGCCCGAGGCGAACAUCAAUGAAGCGCGGGCAAGCGAGAUAUUGGCAGAGGAGGAUCUGGAGGUCGUGGUCGAUCUUGGUGUGGAAGGAGGCGAGGUGGCGCGGGUGUGGACGUGCGAUUUCUCACAUGAGUACGUGACAAUCAACGGAAGUUACCGGAGCUAG